AUGCCAAACAUGAAGAUUCCCUACAAUGUUGUCCACGUCAGUGGGAACGUCCUCUUUGCUGCUCGAGGCGGCAAGAUACACUCAUUCAGCCUCCAAGACGGAUCACAUCUUUCAGCAUGGAAGCACCCCGAUGUUGACAAAGUAGACGCUGCAGUUAAGUCCCUCUCAGGUGAUGUCUCAAGUGAGAAACCUGUGGGCCAGGACACUGCAGUCGCUGAGGGAGAAGAGGAUGAUGGGCCCCCAGCAAAGCGACAAAGAACUGAAGAGCCAAAGGAUGAGACAACUCCAGCCGAGCCAAAUGCUCAAGAGGAGACCAAGGAUGCUGGAAACGCGAAGUCCGAGGGCAAAAAGAGGGGAGGAAAGAAGAGCAAGGACAGGCGCAAUCAGCAAAAGACAAAAGAUCACAAUAUCUCACGAGUACCUGAUCGCCCAGUCAUUACACAUCUGAUCAGUAGCUCUGACGAUUCUCAUAUUGUGGCUAUCAGUGGACACGACAAGGCUAUUUGGGUGUUUGAGAACGAUGGAAAGGGUUCUCUCAACCAACUUAGCAAACGAGCCCUGCCUAAGCGUCCUAGUGAUGUGGUCAUUGGACCAGACUCUCAGAUCGUGGUCGCCGACAAAUUCGGGGAUGUCUACGCUCUCCCUCUCCUUUAUAACCCUACUGCCCAGCCCGCUACUCAAUCUUCAACCCCUGCACCAGCCAAGCCCGCGUAUAAGCCAUCUGCCAACACCACAACCGUUCAUUCGAAGCGCAACCUACGUGCUCUCCAGGAGCAGCAGCGCCAUAUGGAGCUUGCUACGCGGACCAAGGCUGAUGCUAAAUCUGAUGGUCCCAGUUUUGAACUUACCCUCUUGCUCGGCCACGUAUCUAUGCUCACUACGCUUGCCAUUGGCGAGAGUGAGGGGCGACGUUAUAUCCUGACUGCUGAUCGAGAUGAACAUAUUCGGGUGACAAGAUAUAUCCCCCAGGCUUAUGUGAUUGAGGGUUUCUGUUUUGGUCACAAGGAGUUCAUCAGCUCCAUGACCAUUCCUGCCCUGCGCGGCGAUAUUCUUGUGUCAGGUGGUGGUGAUGAGGAUCUGUUUGUAUGGGAUUGGAAAGCGAACAAGUUGCUGUCACAAGUGAGCCUCCUGUCUUUGGUCCAGAAGAUCCUGCCAGACACUACCAAGGUUGCUGUGUCCGGACUGUAUAACUUGGUGUAUCCCCAUGAAGGCUCCGACCUUGUCUACAUUCUCGUUAUAUGCCAAGACAUCCCAGCAAUCUUCUCCUGGCAGCUCACCAAUGACAAUACUCUCCACCGCCCAGCCAUCAUUCAACUUCCCGGCAAGCCCCUGGAUCUCUCCAUCAAGCCCGCCGAGGGCAACGAACCAGUCAAGAUCGUCACCGCAAUUGACCCCAGUGACCCUACGAAGGCGAAGAGUCUGGCAACCUACUCACUCACCAUGACUGAUGAGAAGCUUGCCACAAGCACGAUGGCUUUGGUAAACGAUGAUGAAAUCGAAGCCGUGGAGCUUGAUAUCGAGGAUAAGGUCGUGAGGGGUCUCUUGUACAAUACAGAGAACCUGCGAAAGCAGGCCACGGAUCAUGACGAGGAGCAGGGUGAGGAGCAAGUGCCUGAAGACCAAGUGAUGGGCGAGGCAGAAAUUGUUGAGGAAUCAUGA